AUGGCGCCACCGAUUUGCGCAAUUCCGGUCUCGGAACUAGAAGCCCAGGUCAACACGCUUCCGUCUGGUAAAGCGCGGAAUCCACCAAUCACACUGGGCGACUGCGCACUGAGUGAAUUCGUGCAGUACAAAUGCAACUUGCAGAAAGGAAAGGAUCUGGGAAAAGAGGCAACGAUCGUCUGUGAGCCUGUUGUCCGAAUGCUAAGGAGAUGUCAGAGAGGGCCGAAUGUUGAGACGACGGCUUGGGAGGGGUGGAAGGCUAAGCUGCAAGGUGCAAGCUGA